UUUUGGGUAGUGGGAAUCUGGCCCUUCACUGCCUGUGUUGCUAAAGUAAAAGCCAAGCGCAGCGACCCGAAGACCGGAACUGUAGCAGGAGCAACUGACAUCCUGGCCUGGAGAGCGUGACAGGCACGCGUGCAUUGCAGAGGAGUAUGAGCGUCAUGCUGAAGAAGAAAAGUGUUUUUGAUGCGAUGCGCCCGGCCGACGUGUUGGUUGUUCCUUCUCUUGGUGGACCUAGCAGCCGCAUUGCAAGAGCUGUGGCCAGCGUAUCCAGCGGAGCGUAUGACAGCUGUCUGGAGACGCCUGUAUGCCUCAUUCGAAGGCUUUGUUGAAACACACUGUGGUGACACACAGGUCACACUGCCCACGGUUCCUUCAAGGACCGAAGUGAGUGACAGCCCCAACUGUUUCUUUCCCAUUGCUGCCAUACGAUACUCGAUACUCGAUAGGCUGAGAACGCAACAGAUACUCUAACGUAUAACGUUACCAAUCUACGCCAGCAGCUGGACACCAGCAAAUGUCAGCUCAUGUAACGGCGCGGCUCGAGAGAUGCAGAGUUGAAUGAACUCUGGACCUGUAUUACUAGUCACAGAUACAAGUUGAAACCAGAGUAUGAUCAUCAAUAACUGACGUUGUAUGAGUAACAACCUCGAUUGCGGUAGUUGUUGCAGUAGAAAGCCAGCAAUGGAGCGGCGACACACUAUGUUCUAUGGACGUUCUCUUGGACUUGUUAUAUUGCUGUGGAUGGCGAUUACCAAUGUGCGAAGCUGUCCUUCUAUUUGUGUCUGUCAUGGAAGCACAACAGACUGUGCAGACAAGGCACUAUCAGCAGUACCGCGUAAUGUAUCAAGUAAUUCAACAUAUUUGAAAUUAUAUGACAACCAAUUUGAUAUUCUGCAACGAAGCACCUUCGUUGGCCUGGAGUUUCUGGUUGGCAUUGAUUUAAACUGGAAUCGGAUUCAUACAAUAGAGUACGAUGCCUUCCAUGGCUUGCCGAUACUCACCUCGAUAUGGUUGCGAGGCAACAGGAUCGUGAGUAUACCACCAGGUACAUUUGACUUACCAGGCUUAUUAUCCCCGGGUGUCCAUAUUGACCUGCGAAAGAAUCAACUGCGCCUUAAUGGGAGUAUUUGCAGCAUUCAAGAGCAUCUUUCUCUCGGAUCUGUGGUCGUCGACUCAACUGUUACCGUAUACUCAACAAACUAUCUUCUAACCACUACAGUUUCAGUCAUCAGUAUUCAAAAGAGAUCGAUUGAAGUCACAGUGUCCACCACAAUAAAGCUCAAUGGUUCAGAUUAUUGUGUUGAGUACCGGCGCACACACGUAUCAGGUGUGAUCUCAACGACCAACCUUGUUACAACAUGCUCAGCGUCUGUGAGUGGCAAUAUGUCAUUAGUUGGUCUAGAGGAGGAUGCUACAUACUCCAUCCAGGCGUAUGUAAUGAACUCAUCGCAGGUACUGCAGUACUGCAAGUCUCCUAUUUACAAUCUAACAACAUUGGUAGCAACUCCCUCUAGGGCUCCAAAUAUAACUCAUCUUUAUCCAAGUGCACAAGAAAUCAACAUCUCCUGGACUGCUAUCAGCCUCCUGGACUUUAAUGACCGAUCACAAGGAUAUAUGGUUUCUUAUCGUGCGGACCAUAGCAUCAACGUCAGUACUGUACAUAGUGAGCUUACGAGUAUCACUAUCAAUGGUUUGACUGCUGGUACAGUGUACACUCUGUCCAUUGCUGCGACAUCUUCUGCUGGUGUUGGCCCUUCAACGUCAAUAACAACUUCAACUGUGCAGGAGAGACCUAUCACUAUGACGACAAUGGAGGAAUGCAUGAGUAUGGUUGUCACUACUGUAAGCUCACAACAAGUUCCCAGCACUGCAGGACCGACCUUGCAACCUAGUACAGUUUUGACAGAUACAAGCAUUGCGGCGAUCAUAGCGUGUGCAGCGUCAAUCAUCCUUGUUCUCUUGGCUAUUCUCAUUGUCCUCGUUCGAAGAAGGACUGGUGUUCCAGCAGUUGCAGGUAACGCAAGCAGCAGCCGGACUUCCUGCAGUCAGCAGACCCAUGUAGAGAUCUCUGCUGAUAACAAUAUGUAUGACGAACACCAAAUGGUAUCUACAGACACAAUCCUUACUGAAAACGCGGCCUAUGGCGAACACGUGCACCCUGACCCAAUGUACGAUGAUGUUCAUUAGGGUGUUAACUAGAAAGCAAGUUCACCCUCUCCUGGCCAAUUUGUCCAUUCCUAGUUCCUACUGCAUUCCAUUGUAUUACAUCAGCCAUGCAACACACCCAUAACUCUAGCACAGAUACAUUAUAAUACGUGUGUUGAAGUUUCGCAAUCUAUUCCUUCGUAUGCAAAGACGCAAAUCCACACAAUUAAGUGGACGCUUCCUUUCAUCUAUCAAACGUUUUUUUCCCUUCUCUUCAUGAUAAUACUUGUGCUGUAUGUAGUUCUUCUUUCGUUUAGCCACCGGUUCUUUUACUAUUACAUGUUGUAUGUUGGCUGUUCUAUUACAUGUUGUAUGUUGGCUGAUGAUUGUUGCAAUUCGUAUUCUGA